CGAGCCGCGGACACAAUGCUGGAAAAUAAAGCGCGCAUGUUGCUUCUUGAUAUCUUGCCGUCUCUCAAUAAGCUGUAAUGACUUGUCACAACAGAAAAGUGUCAUUGUUUGUAUUCGGUACUGGUGGAGGAGGUGGAUGUGCUUGGAGCUCAGUGGGGACCUGUUGAUAGCCCACCGGCGAUGCAAUGGAGGAGCCAAAAAGAGAAGAAUGACAUUUAACUGAGUCAGAACGUCAGAACGACACAUUUCCUCUGAACAACUUGUCUACAAUGGAAAUCAUGGAUACUCAUUGUGCCUUGGAAGCUGUGGAGAGACUUCAAGCCAAACUUAAGGAGAGAGGAGAAGCCCCCACACAGGAGAAGCUCUCCCUGCUCAAGACUGUCCUGCAGAGCCCCCUGUUCCAUCAUAUCCUCAGUUUACAGCAAGCUCAGCGGAAGUCCCCGGCAAAGGGGAAGAUCUCCAAAUCUGUUUCCAUGAACUGUGGCCCGUGCCAAGGCAUGGCACUUGACCUGAAGGCACUGAGCCACAGUGACUCCUACACAUGGGCCAUAGAGAACCGAGGCACUGCCAGAUCCAUCUAUAGCGACAAUGGCCUCACUUCUCUGGGCUCCCAGGAUCUGUCCUUCACAGACGUCUACUCAGACAAAUGCAUUCACACUGAAUCCCAAUACUGCACUCCCCCUCGAAUCUCCCGCACCAUGUCGAUGGGUAGAAACCUGUCUGCUAUCGCCCAUGAGAGGCGUCACGUGGAGAUGAUAGAGCUAAUCAAUGAUGGGAAAGGUCUCGGUUUUGGCAUCAUUGGCGGGCGGAGCACCGGAGUCAUGGUCAAGACCAUCCUUCCUGGAGGAGCUGCCGGACGGGAUAAGCGCCUGAGUAGCGGAGAUCAAAUCCUGCGCAUCGGAGAUACGGAUCUGGCAGGCAUGAACAGCGAGCAGGUGGCACAGGUACUGCGAAAUGCUGGCACCAAGGUGAAACUGCUCAUUGCCAGAGAUAUUACAAAAGACCAUCACCUCUCCUCUCCUGUCCUCAGCCAGGACAGCCUGGACGGCAAGCUCAAUGACUUGAAUGAUGACUAUGAGUUCAGUGUGCAGUUCACUAAGAACAGUCGGGGGCUCGGAUUCACCAUUUCUAGCUACAUAGGUGACUUAAACUCAGUCUACAGCGCUGGUGUGAUAGUGAAGAGCAUCGUGAAAGGUAGCACUGUCGAUCAGGAUGGACGCAUCAACAUCGGAGACAUCAUUCUAUCUGUGGACGGGCUGAGCCUGCAGGGCUGCAGUGAGCAGCGUGCCAUGGAGGUGCUGAGGAGGACAGGCCCCCUGGUCAGACUGAGGUUGCUACGGAAGGUGGUCCAUCUGAGUCACAUCCUGCCCCCAGUUCCCCCCCUGCAUCCCCUCCGACACUCCCACAGCUUCCAUGAGGGCAAUCCCUACAGGAUGGGCCUCAACAAGAUUCAAGAGACAGGAAUCUGCUCACUGCGGGAAAUCUCCAGGCGUGCAGCGUACGCCAAUGGACGACCUCGACACGAUUCCGCAAACGGUGUGAAACUGACGCCAGUUGAGGAGGAAGACCUGAGGAAGAGGUGGCAACAUGCAGUCGGACCCAGAUACGAAGUUAUUGUGUGUCAACUGGAGCGUUUCGGUGAGACAAGCGGGCUUGGCAUCAGUCUGGAGGCUCGGGCAGGACAUCACUACCUCUGCUCUGUUUUACCCGAGGGGCCCGUUGGUCAAAGCAGCAAGAUCUUCACCGGAGACCAGAUAUUGGAGGUGAAUGGGAUCCCUCUAAUUGGAGAGACGCAUAAGGAGGUGGUAAAUAUUCUGAAGGAGCUGCCGAUGCAUGUUUGCCUGGUGUGCUCUCACAUUGUUCCCCCUGCAAUCCCAGACAGUGAUGAUGAGGAUGAGGAUGAUGCACAUCUCACCUUGAAAGAGCUACUGGCUGAAUUCAAUGACAAGUUGGACCAGGGCUGUGUCAUUCCCUGUCCUACAGCUGAGGACAUCACCAAGCGUGGCGUGCCCCCAAUGUCACCUCCUCUUGCCAUGUGGGAGAGAGACGCUCAGGUGGUCGAGCUGGAGAAGGGGGAGUCGGGACUUGGCUUCAGUAUCCUGGACUACCAGGAUCCAGAAGAUGCCACUAAAACUGUACUGGUAAUCCGUUCUUUGGUGCCUGGAGGUGUAGCAGAUCGAGAUGGUCGCCUGCUACCUGGUGACAGACUCAUGUUUGUUAAUGAAAAUGACUUGGAAGGCUCAAGCCUGGAUUAUGCUGUGCACGUCCUUAAGUCCACUGGCUAUGGCCCUGUCCGCAUUGGAGUUGCCAAACCACUGCCGCUGGAACUGUGUGGCGGCUUGACGCCCAUCUCAGAGAGGAGCUUGCGGACUUCUUAUGAUGACACUGACAGCCAAAGUCAGAUCAACCUGCUAGCUGAGGCAGCGGAGGUUAACAGCAACACUUCAAACUCUGAGGACAACAGCAUCAUCGGGCCGUAUUACGCUACAACGGAAAACCGGCUGCGGCAUCGGUUCAACAUCAUGGAAGACUACGACAGGCAGCAAGCACCACCUCUGCCCCCCCGCACCAGCUUUGAGAGGACAAUCACUGUUGUCCGGGGCAACCGUAGCCUUGGGAUGUCGGUGAGUGCUAUCAAGGACGGCUCAGGCAUGCUGGUGCGCAGCAUGGUCCAGGGGGGCUCUGUUAGCCAGGAUGGCAGGCUGGGGGUGGGCGAUGCCAUCUUGGCCAUCAACAGAGAAUCUACCUCCAAUCUGACCAACGCCAGGGCCAGAGCCACGCUCCGAAGACACUCUGUCAUAGGGCCAGAGAUAAGCAUAACCUAUGUCCCAGCCCAUCAGGUGGAUGAGUACCGUGGCCGUCUGAAUUUACCCCCUCUGGCGUCCAUCGCAGCAGACAGCGCCUCCUCCUCACCAACCCUCUCUCCAGAACCUGCCUCGACCCUGGCGAGAUCACCAGGUCCAGUCAGAGCUGCAGUUCCAACUCCAGCUUCAUACAACCUAAAACCCUUUGCCACAGUCAAUUUUAAAGCUGCAGCUCCAGAUCCAGCAGCAGUCAGAGGCCCUGCUUCAUCCAAAGCUCUUAUCAAAGGUCCAGCCGUGGUCCCUACCAUAACGCCGGCCCCAGACUCAAGUUGGCUGCUUCCAAAACUUCACAUGAACAAGAAGGAAGGAAACAAAGAAGGACAGAGUGUGAAGGAGAAAAAGGACAGGAGUAGUGCAGAUGGGAAAAUAUCACAGCUGGAGGUAGAGACAAAGGUGGAUGGUAAAGAAGACAGAGAAGAUGAGCUUCAUUUGCAUACCUCAGUUUCUUGGGAUCAGCCUAGAAGUGUGCGGUUGACUCGAACACCAGGUCAGUCCCUGGGUAUCAGCAUAAUGGGAGGCAGAGGCAUGGGCCGGAGACUGAGCAGUGGAGAGAUGAUGAGGGGAGUAUUCAUCAAGCACAUCAGCCCUGACAGCCCGGCAACACAUAAUGGCACCCUCCAGACUGGAGACAGGAUACUAGAGGUGUGUGGUGUGGACCUACGAGAUGCAAGCCAUGAGCAGGCUGUGGAGGCCAUCCGCCGGGCCCGAGACUCUGUGGUCUUCCUGGUCCAGUCUGGGCUGCAAAGAUCUCAGUCCCCUAUGCUUGCCAACCACGAGAGACUAACUACACAGUGUAAUGCACACAGCAGCAAGGAAGCAGAGACUCUCAAUCUGUUCCUUAGUGUUUCCCCUACAAACCCCUUCACUCCCACCCCCUUUAAGGUACCUUCGACAACAUCCAAUAAAACGGAUCGGAGGAGCCCCAUAACUUUCCCAACACCAAUUACAGUGGCAGCUGCAGAUGAGGGCGAUACUGGCAGGAUAAAGAUGCUUCAGCGUUACGGCAGCUUGUCAGGAAAGCUCCAAAUGAUCGAGCUGGAGAAGGACCCCGCUGCUUGCGGUCUUGGGAUCAGUCUCUCCGGAAACCAGGAUGGUUCCAGGGCCCGCAUGAGCGUCCAUGUGGCAGAAAUUGACCCGCAAGGACCUGCUGGUUUAGAUGGUAGGAUAUGCGUUGGAGACGAGCUACUCGAGAUCAACGGUCAGAUCUUGUAUGGCCGAAGUCAACAGAACGCCUCCACCAUCAUCAAUAACGCUCCAUCGAAAGUCAAGAUCAUUCUCAUCAGAAAUAAAUCAGCCCAGGGUCAAACAUCGCAGGGAUCAACAAUAGAGUGCGAGGACACAGUCGACUCCCAUGCAGACUCUACAGAGUGUGAAGGAUUACCCAGAGACAUUCAGCACAUCAUCUUACCUCAGGAUCACGUAGGUCUUGGUCUUUGCCUGGCAGAGGGGGAUGCCAGGGAUGGAGUGGUAGUCAGGUCCCUGGUCCGGGACAGCACUGCCAGUAAGGAUGGCAGGAUGAAGGUUGGAGACCGAAUCAUAGCAGUGGGUGAUGAACCUGUCGCAGGACUGUCAGUGGAAAAGGUGUCCAGUUUGAUUCUCAAACACCGGGUCACUGUCAAACUCUCCAUCAGCUGCUCCAAGAAUCUCUCCCCCUCUCCUUCUCAUCCUCCCUGGUCAUCUAAUUCCCCUGCCUCUCUCUCCCCCGAUUCUCUACCUGUUUCCUUCUCUUCAUCACUCAAAUCCAUGCAGACCUCUACCACCGGGCGUUCAGAUUGGCCAUUAUCAGCUCCCACAACUUCGGACUCCAUGAGCUGCCCUGUUUUGCCUGGCACGGAGACCACCAUAGAGUUUUGUAAAGAAAAUGUAGGCCUUGGUCUCAGCAUCGUAGGAGGAUGUGACACUCUGCUGGGGGCAGUAAUAAUCCAUGAAGUAAAUUAUGGAGGAGCAGCACAGAGAGAUGGAAGGCUGCAGGCUGGAGACCAGAUACUAGAGGUAAAUGGUAUAGACCUGCGACAGGCCACUCACGAUGAGGCCAUUGGUGUGCUGCGACUCACAACCCAGUGCGUUCGCCUGUGUGUCUUCAGACAUCAGGAGGCCUACAGCGAGGAGGACCUGUGGGACGUCUUUAGCCUCGAGCUGAGGACUCGUCCUGGAGAGGGGCUAGGGUUCACCACAGUGGGAAAGAGUAAUGACACGGGCAUCUUUGUGUCAGAUAUCAUCAGAGGAGGCAUAGCAGAUUCAGAUGGCAGGUUGUUGCUAGGUGACCAGAUUCUGUCAAUCAAUGGGGAGGAUGUCCGUGCAGCAUCGCAGGAACAUGCACACAAGCUUCUACAGAGUUGCAGUGAAGCUUUCCACCUGGAAGUGGCUCGUUUUAAAGCAGGACUGCAGUACUCAAAGCAGAGUCUGAGUGAAGACUCUGACUGUUCAACCCUGACCCCACCAAGUGGAUGUGAUGCUUCCCUUGGCCACCGGAGGGAGGCAGAUAAUAAGACAGGGAGCUACUCUUUUCAGCACUUCCCUGAGACAAGAACAGUAAUAAUACAAAAGGGUCCAUGUGACUCCCUGGGCAUCAGUGUAGCAGGAGGAAUGGGCAGUCCCCAUGACAACGUACCUCUUUUUAUUGCUUCCAUGGAUACCAAUGGAUUGGCUGCCAAAACUCGGCAAUUACAGCUAGGAGACAGGAUCCUCAGUAUCAAUGACGUGUCCAUAGAGGGAAUGACUCAUGUCCAAGCUGGACUCCUGCUGAACACGGUCACAGGAACCAUCAGUCUGCAGGUGUCAGCAGGUUCUGGUGGGUGGAGAACAAAUGACCACACUGAUAUGCAUGCGCGGUCUUCAGGCCAGCCCAGCACCCUGCCCCGCUCUCAUAACAACCUCAGUGCUCGCGCCUAUAACACCAUCUCUCUAGAGAGGGGUUCCUCAGGCCUCGGCUUCAGCAUCGUAGGAGGGUUCAGCAGCCCUCACGGAGACCUGCCAAUCUACGUUAAAACUGUCUUCAACAAGGGGGCAGCCAUAGAGGACGGUCGGCUGAAACGUGGAGAUCAGAUCAUUGCUGUGAAUGGACAUUGUCUAGAGGGGGUAACUCACGCUGAAGCUGUGGAAAUCCUCAAGAAGACCAAGGGAACUGUGGUCCUAACGGUACUUUCUUGAGAUACAGCCCAUUGUGUCCGAUUGUCGUUAUUUCUUAAAAAAAAGGCAAAGUAGCCCAUUAAAUUAUGUAGCCGUCUCCCUGUAGCAUAGCCUCACACAAACAUGAGAAGGGUAAAACAGGACAGUCAACGUUGGGUAGAAGAAUAAAAAACUGUUUGUGUUAAUUCAUUUUAAUUUAGUGUUAGGUAGCUACCUCUAACUGCAACUGGGUGCACUAGCGUGCACAAUUGCCCAAUAUAAACCUAGAUUCCUGUGAAGGUGUUAUUAGAACUAAUUUGUGUAUGUUAUAAAAAUCUUCUUUUCCCUAUCCAAAUUACCUCCGUGUUGCAAACAGGCUAUUUUAAAGUUACCGCAGAAGCAACAAAGGCAUUUAUUAAACAAGCCCACUGAUGGUAAUAUAUUGUGUCUUAGUUAUCCUGUUCAAAGUAUUUGUAAUAUAGGUAUGCAAUGAUAUGCGUCAUUGCCCAUGUAAACACAUUCACGAAUAAAUUACCAUCUCCAAAACCUCUGAUUCGGCCGACAGUGCAAAUUAAUGCAAUGGAUAAUUUACCUGUCACAUUGUCAGAUGUAUUUAUGUCUAACUUCUGUUCAUUCAGAGUUAGCCACUGUGAUUAACUCCUAAGAUCCACAACAUGCCAAGUGCUUCUGCCAAUCUUUUGUAUGGCAAUAAGGUUUUAAGACAUUUGCUUUAGAAGACUGUUGAACUUUUAUUCUUCAUUCUCAUAUUCAAAUCAAUAAGUGUGUCAUGAUUGCUAUAUUAAUCAGUGCACUUUAUCUAUCUUUUCAUAAUCUUUAAUAUCCUGCAUCUAUUUAAUACUGCUUGAUGUUUUCAUAACCUAUACCUUGAUCUGUUGUCUUGUUGUGGAAGUAAUGUUAUAGUGCAAUGUGUGAUCUUUAUUUAGAAUCACAUCAUGUUUUAUAUGAAUUUAUUUAUACUGUAACAUUUAAGGUCUCUUAACAUUCAUUUUAUUUUAUUUUAUUAAUGUCAGUAGUCCUUAGAGCCACAUCACUCAUGGGUUUGGGAUUGUGUAACAUUGUAUGACUGAAUGUACUGUAAGGGAUCUUAUUAAAUGUUAAUUUGUUAGAGUUUUGUAUACAGAGCUUUUUAUAGGUAAGGAGUUCUGCUGUUCUACUUUCUUACUUCCUGAUGUACCUCUGUGAAUUAUGUUGUAGUAAAACAAGCUGACACUUGAAACAGAUUAUAUUUUAAUGAGGAAUGCCAAUGACACAGGAAUUUGUCCCGAUGCUCUCUGAUGUCUCUCCGGGAUAAUACUCAUAAGCUAGUGGAUAUCUCAUUGUUUGACUUUGAAACUCCACAGAUGCAGAACAGAAAGAAGUUUUAAGAACAUCUUCGAUAACUAAACUUUUAAACAAGGAUGUCUGUGCCUGCAGUUACAUUUAAGGAUAAAUGCAUUUGUUUUUGCAUAUUUUUGCUUCUAUUUCUGAACCAGUGAACCAAAUAUGCUGUGGGGGGUGUUUGAUUGUCAUUGUUUUGAUCUGUGUGUCUCUCUCACACUCUUUUUCUGGUCUUUGUCAAACGUGAAUACAUAUUCAGGAUCACUCAGGUUUAGUGAAGUGUGUCACAGUUUAUCAUAGUAUGACAGGGCAGCUCUAAGUCACUAGAAUAGGAAGAAGACAACAGUGACAACAGGAGAGACAGUGGAGGAACAAUUAGUGAAAGUGCUUAAAUAAAAGUGAUGAUACCACAGUUUAUACAUAAACCACAAAUAUACUUAAAGUAACAAAAUGAAAAGUAAUAAUUCUGAGAAAUGGCCUGUUUCAGAAUAAAGUAUAUAUAGCAUGGGACUAAUUACUGGUGCAUUAAUGUGUACAUCACUUUCAUGGUGCAGCUGGUAAAAGUUUAUUUUGAAUAAUUACUCAUUAAUCAAGUGUUAUAUAAACCUAUAAACCUUCAUCAUCCUGUAUUGGUUAAAUAAUAUCUUGCAUGAUUAAAAUGAAUGUGUUUCUCGUUCUUCACCUAAAGAAGAAAAAAGGAAUGUAAAGGACAGGAUAAUAAGUAUAAGAGGUACAACAUUUUAGAGGAAGCUGAAAAAACGAGUGAAAAAUGUGGACAACGUUCUCAACCUGAGCUACAGAAAUGCCAAGGGAGAGUAAACCUUUGCCAUUUUUUUGUUAAUACAGGGAACUUUUGCUUUAAUUACUGGAGUUACUGUUGACAACUUGACAAACAAUUAAUGUGCACACAAAUGUCUCAUUUAGGAAAGAGAAGGCAUCUAGGGAGAUCCUGUCUGGAACCUCGGCAUUAAUCAAAGCCAUCUGUUCACAUUGCUAGCUUUAUUGAAAUCCAGCCAUCGCAGUCUGGUUUAUCCUUCUCCAGAUGAACAAUUGCCUCGACUCAAAGAUGGCAUGAAGAGGGAAGAUGAAGAAAAGGCUAGAUGCUGUUUUGGGAAUCAAUUGGAAUGUUUUUUUUUUAACAUAAUAGAUGUUAUUUUUCAAAAGAUAAAACACUAAUAUAUGCAUCUUGUUUGGCAGCUUAUAACAUAUAUCUACAUAUUUUCUAAUAUGGUAUUUUUUUUCAUGUGAUCUUCAAUGGAUUUCCAUACAACUCUUGUGGAAGUUGCUGUUAUAAUUUCUUCUUUAUUAUUAAGCAAGAAAACAUAUAUGUUUUGUUUUCAGUAACGGCCUCAAUUCCCAUUCCUUCAAACGUGUAUAUGGGUUUUGCCAGUAAGCUACAGGCAACGUGACUGUUUCCUCCGCAUGGCCAUAACCACUUUUCCAUCACAUGUUAGACCUACA